AUGGUCUGUAUAAUCGUGUCGACCAAAGCCUUCAGCGACUUCACCAUCGCUUGCGGCGGACAAGAGCGCAAGGUGCACCGCAUCAUCCUUAACGCUAGCUCAGGCUACUUCCAAUCCAUGUUCCGCGUCCCGUGCCAGGAGACGCUCAGCGGCCGUCUCGAACUGCCCGACGACGACCCGGAUCUCGUGUGGUGGAUGAUCGACUACAUCUACCACGGCCACGUGAAGAUCCAUGACGUACCGCCCGACGAUGACGACGGCCGCGGCGGCGUCAACCUCCUCGAGACGUGCGUGGCCAUGUACGCCAUGGGCGCCAAGUUCCAGGUAGCCGGGUUGCAGGAGGCCGCCGAGGAGGCCAUCGGACGGAUGCUCGGAAAGACGGGCAGGCAUGAGCCGCGGGACGUCGAGCUUCGCGACAUCCUGGACAUGGUCGACGCCAUCGACGAGCUGACGGCGGACCGCGACGAGCUGCGCCUGCGCGUUUGGAAUUGGCUCGACGGCAAGCAGUACGGCAGCGUGGCCAAGCGCUACGCCGCCGAGGUCAUGAUGCACUGGGACACUGGAGAGGCCAGGUUCUCGAGCCGAGUCCAUGUGAGGGAGUUGUACAUGGGCACGGUUGGCAGCCGCACGACGGGCCAGAUGUGCGCGACGGCCGGCGCGAUGGGCCCACCGAAGCGCCUGAAGCUUGGAUAG